GGAUGAAAUAAGAUGCCGGCAGACAGGAGCUGGAGAAAAACGCUUGCAACACACGGGGAAGCUGCUGCCCAGCCAAUGGCAGGGUUCAGCAUACAGCAGAGGGGCGGGGAGCUGCUGGAGCACAGCGGAGAGCCAACCUACCUACAUGCUUAUUGUGUAAAUCUUUAAAAAGCAAUUACCCGCAGCAUCAUCCUAACCUUACCCACCGGCUGGGUGAAAUAGGCUACUUAUUUUUGGAAAGGAGUGUUUUCAGGUGGCUCGAGAAAAGGCAUCCUCAACCAUGACUGACAGGAAAGCUGUGAUCAAGAACGCAGACAUGUCCGAGGACAUGCAGCAGGACGCGGUGGACUGUGCCACCCAGGCCAUGGAGAAGUACAACAUAGAGAAGGACAUUGCAGCCUACAUCAAGAAGGAGUUUGACAAGAAGUACAACCCCACUUGGCACUGCAUUGUCGGGAGGAACUUCGGCAGCUACGUCACCCACGAGACAAAGCAUUUCAUUUACUUUUAUCUGGGCCAGGUGGCCAUCUUGCUCUUCAAGUCAGGCUGAGAAGUUUCUGAUGGGUAUUGAGGAGUUUUUCUCCCUGAACCUAAAUCGGAAAUGCACUGGUGGCUGAUGUCUCCCAUACACUAAUAACGACAUACCAUAACGAUGCAAAACCGGCCAUGCGCAAUUGCAUGGACUAUACACUAUUUAAUAUGUAUGUUACAGUAAGUUUACUUUUUGAUAGUUGCCAUUUGAAUGCAACGGAAGUAGUUUUUGUUGAUGCUGUUAAAUUCUAGGUUGUAAAAGAUUUCAAUGUGGCCCUUGAUUGUACGUGAAAGGAAAGCUGUAGAAUGUAGUGGUGCAUCCGCUUUCCUUCUCAAGUGGCAUUGCCAGACCCCGUUACGAGACAAUGUUGAUUUUGGUGGUAAAACCAUCCCGCGUGCACCGGUUUAGCAAAUCAUCGUCCACAUUAACCUGUGAUCAUAUAAAGAAAACAAAUAAUGGGGUUUGUUAUCUCUGCUGCCAAUUUCCAAGGAAUUAUGUUGCUUGAAGAUGCACGCCAUUCAGUAUCUCCACUGUUUUCAAUUGGGAUUUAAGACAGACCCACAGCAGAAGUGAAAUUAUUGCAGCCGUGUUCAGAAAAGAUGUCACAUUUUGGACCCAACACAAGUCAGUGCAAUCAUUUGCAGGGAUUUUCAGUUCGACCGCUCUUAAAUUUUCACUGUGAAGAACGAUGGGGGCCGAUAAGCCUCCCAUACACAGACCUUAACCUGUAAUGUACGACUUGUAACACUAGAGACUGGCUACCCAAAUUUCCCAUCUCAACUACUCGGACUCGAGUCUUAUAAUCCUGUGUUCCUGCAUGUUUUACCACAGAUUAUUUAAACGUUAUAUAGGAGACAAACAGAAGCUCUUCUUGGACACUUUUGUGUGUUUUAUUAUUAUUUUUGUUAAACCUUUGAGUUUGUGAAUAAUGGCCUGGGCUAAGUGUGUCUUGUCCCAGUAAUUGCUAUAAAGCAGCAUUAGGACAAUGUUUAGAUGAAGCAUCUGCAGCCGACUCCACCAAGGCUACCAACGCCCAUGUGUUUCAGGUUGUGACGUCUUUUGUGGCUACCUUUUUAAGUUGCAUCACCCCCACAAUGCCUUUAGUUCUGCAUUGCCAGUGUACUGCCAGACAUGAGGUAAGGACAAAGCAUUCAGAGUUGGGACUUUUCAAAGCAACAAGAAGCAGGCUUCCUCUUGUCUAUCUCAGAUUUUUGGCUUUUCGUUUUGUAAUGUCUGCAUAACUAGUUUGAAAUGGCGAUGCACAGUGUUUGCGUUCUGAUUAAAUAUGUUGUCUGUGAGGACAGAUUUGAGGGUUUUCGUGCACAGAGCCAGAUGACGGAUAAAGGCCGAAUGUUUCUCAGAUGUUCCCUCCUUUAUGUGAGCUACGGGUGAAAUGUGUAUCUCAAGUGUUAGCUUGGUUUGACAUUGUUUCUCUAAGUUUUUUUUCUUUCUUUUUUGAGGGACGUCUUCCUAACUAUUGUCAAUGUAAACUGAUUUAGUAUUGUUUUCCUCUGGCAUGUAUUUUUGCUGUGUAUAUGUAGGAGCCGUUCCAAUGCUGUUAAAUUUGCACAAAACGUGUGCCUGUCAUUGCUCUCAAAUGUAACUGGCUUGAGUACAAUUGCACUUCAUCAGAAAUAAAUACGGUAGGUUGCUACAGAACCAAAACCAUGUAACUCGAUAAAAUAAAAUGUUGACUUAUUA